AUGGAAAGCGGCAGCCCCAGCGGCGACCUCGAAGCACUCCCUCGCACCAAACAACGCUGGAAGCGAGGAUUCAUUGAACUGACGUUUCUGUCACAACAGUGGCGGCAGCAAGAGAACCCUCCCUUGUAUGCCUUUUGGAUGGCCUCCUCGGAAGUGGAUCAAAAGUUCCUCGGAUAUUUUGCAAAAGUCAUAACUACGGAAAAUAAUUAUCUUUCAAGUUUCUUGUUUCGCGUUUUGGGUCUAUCGGUGAUUCUCGCCGAAAAGCUACUUCAAGCGCGUCGGGCCAAGCGGCUUGACCCGGUCCGCGACCCAAAAGCAAGAUAUCUCAUUCAUCAUAUUCUAUGGCUGGCCCGAGAGGGAUCGGUCAUGGUGGAACAAUAUGUGCUUCCUAUGGUGGGCAACUAUCUUGAGCUCCGAGUGUUGUGCUAUAAGCUCAAAGCGUCCUUCUAUCACAUUUUCGUCCUCUUCCACAAUGAACCUCCGGUUAAUGAUCGUAUCACCCGCUCAAAAUCCGGUACCAUUUCUCUAUUUCCAGAUCCAUUAUCGCCAAAGUUGUCGUCGAAAACACCCACCACCACAACAUCUCCAACAAAUGGCCGUCAGCGAUCACCAGCCAUCAGCCUAGGCGGCCCAGUUGGCGGAACUACGUUCACGCGGACACCACCAGGUCUCCCAUUACCUACACGCCCUUAUUCUAAUGGAUUCAACGACGGGAAUGCUACGGCAACCUUUCUCCUUCCCUUGCAGGAUUACCGGCCUCUGGCAUCGCAAGCAUUUCGUGAAGCAAAUGAAUUGGCUGAGCGAUUAUUGCCGGGAUCUCAUCCAGUGCGAUUAUCGGUAAAAGUCGAAUAUGUGGCAUACGUAUACGAUUGCCUGCACGAGGCGGAAGCGUCACGUCGUAUGGCCCGACUGGCCAUCAGGCAUGUGUACGAAGCACAGGAAGGAAUGGACGAUGACUCUUUCGAGGAUGCUGCCGAGAUGGUGGGCAUUCUGGGCAAGAUGAUGAAGCGCGGAUUAGGGGGAGGGGGAGGAGGCAGUUCCGGGAGCCAGCAGCAGCAAAGUCAAACUCAACCACAAAGUAGAGGAGCUUCUGGCCCUGGCACGAGUAGUGGAACGAACAGGAGAUAUGUCGUCGAAUCCCCCGCUAAAUCUCAACAGCCGACGACAUGGGUGUAG